AGUAUGUAUAAACUAUAAUCUCUUAUCUAUGAUUACCACUCAGUCCAAAUUUUUGACGUACCAGUGAAGGUUAUAAUACUAUAGUAAAUUUAAACAGUAGUUUAAAGAUUACAAAUUUUUAUUAAUAAAUGGUAAGAAUUUACUGUUAUCAUCGGAAUUAAAAUGUUAGUUUUAGUUUUGGGUGAUUUGCAUAUUCCUCAUCGCUGUAGUAGUUUACCAGCGAAAUUUAAAAAGCUGCUCGUUCCAGGGAGAAUUCAACAUAUUUUAUGUACAGGAAAUCUAUGCACUAAAGAAUCAUAUGAUUACUUAAAAACAUUGGCAAGUGAUGUUCAUGUUGUAAGGGGUGACUUUGAUGAUAAUUUAAAUUAUCCUGAGCAAAAAGUUGUUACUGUGGGACAGUUUCGAAUAGGAUUGUCUCAUGGUCAUCAAGUAGUGCCAUGGGGUGACCCAGAAUCUUUAGCAUUAAUACAGAGGCAGCUUGAUGUUGAUAUUCUUAUUUCGGGGCAUACUCAUAGGUUUGAGGCUUAUGAACAUGAAAAUAAAUUUUACAUUAACCCUGGAAGUGCUACAGGAGCUUACAAUGCAUUAGACAUUCAAAUCACUCCGUCUUUUGUGCUAAUGGAUAUACAAAAUACAACUGUGGUGACUUACGUUUAUCAGUUAGUUGGGGAUGAAGUUAAGGUUGAGAGAAUAGAAUAUAAGAAGAAUUAAUUAUUUUGAAACUUUAUUUUGAAUCUGGUAAUUCCAUUAUUUAUACAAUUAUUCUAUAUAAAAAAUAAUGAGUUUACUGUAAGAUGUAGGUAAUUCUAUGCAUUAUAUCAUUUAUAAUAAUGAGAUUUUAUAAGGUAUAUAU